CCAAGCUUACCAUAUCCAUCUCUCUCGCGCACACUGUACUUUACUGUAAAUCUCUCUCUCUCUCUCUAUAAAUCUCUCUCCCUAAAUCUCUCCAGCAAGAACUUCACUGUAACUCACUUCAUCUUCUCAAAUCCAGUCCAUCUUAAACCCUAGAAUUCAGUCCAUUUGAAGUUAAUCUUCUAGAUUCCGCCAUUUUAGAUAACGGUGAACUCAGCUAAAUACCAGAUCUAUAAAGAUUCAUACUCAAAUUUGAAGGAUAUGCAAUUGUAAGAAGAUGACAAGUACCGACCUCAACAAACGACCUCGACCUGGACCAUGGCCACCGACAACUCUUCCACCAAAACCUAAUGCAAUGCCGCCAUCUUCUUGGGCUAAACGCACUGGAUUUCAUCCUAAAUUCUCUGGAGAAACGAACGCUACUCAUUCUGGACGACAAACUCUGCCACAACCUAAGGUAAGAGAAGUUGAUUCUCAUCUGGAUCUAGAAGCUGGUAGAGUACGACAGACGACGACGACGACGGCUGCGAAGUUGAAUGGAGAACCGAAGAGAGUUACGUUUCCGCCUCCACUUUCCGACGGUGGAGCUACAAAUGCUCCGGUUGCGGUUGCGGUUGCGGUUGCUGACGCACCACCGCCAAAGCAGAUUAACAGGAGGCCGGUAAGUGAGGAAGUUGUUGAUGUAUUGCCUCAAAUAGUUGAGGAUGAUGAACUUGUUUCUCGUCAUGCACAUAUGAAAUAUGAGCUUAGAGAUACACCUGGAUUUGUUCCAAUUGGUUUAUAUGGUUUUCAGCAUUACAUUUCAUUGUUGGGAUCUUUGAUACUUAUACCACUCGUUUUAGUUCCUUCAGCAGGGGGAUCCAAUGAGGAUACGGCUAAUGUGAUUUGUACUGUGCUAUUUGUAUCUGGAGUGACAACACUUCUUCAUACGUUCUUUGGAUCAAGAUUGCCUUUAAUUCAGGGUCCAUCUUUUGUCUAUCUUGCUCCUGCACUCGCAAUCAUCAACUCCCCUGAGUUUCAGGGUUUGAAUGGAAAUAAUUUCAAGCACAUUAUGAGAGUACUCCAAGGGUCCAUAAUCAUAUCUUCAGCUUUUCAAGCCAUACUGGGAUAUAGUGGAAUAAUGACAGUAUUGUCAAGGUUAAUCAAUCCUGUUGUUGUGUCGCCAACUAUUGCUGCUGUUGGACUUUCUUUCUACAGCUAUGGUUUCCCAAGGGUUGGUACUUGCCUUGAGAUUGGUGCGGUUCAAAUCCUUCUUUUAAUAAUGUUUUCUCUUUACCUUCGCAAGAUAUCUGUUCUGGGUCAUAGAGUUUUCCUUAUCUACGCGGUACCAUUAGGUUUGGGAAUUACAUGGGCGGCUGCUUCUCUUCUUACUAAAGCAGGAGUAUAUAACUAUAAGGGUUGCGAUGUAAACAUUCCAGCAUCAAAUUUAGUUUCAGAUCACUGUAGAAAGCAUCUCCAAAAUAUGAAAUAUUGCCGAGUUGAUACCUCUCAUGCUUUGAAUUCUGCACCGUGGUUCAGAUUUCCUUAUCCAAUGCAAUGGGGCACACCUAUCUUCCACUGGAAAAUGGCUAUCAUUAUGUGUGUGGUUUCAAUAAUCUCAUCGGUUGAUUCGAUUGGUUCAUACCAUGCAUCUUCUUUGUUGGUGGCCUCCAGGCCUCCACCUCCUGGAGUUGUAAGCCGAGCAAUUGGUCUUGAGGGCUUAUCUAGUCUGUUGGCUGGGUUAUGGGGAACAGGGACUGGAUCAAGUACUCUCACCGAAAAUGUGCACACAAUUGCAGUGACUAAAAUGGGUAGCCGCAGAGCAAUAGAGUUAGGUGCUUGUGUUUUAAUCAUCAUCUCCCUUGUAGGAAAAGUUGGAGGGCUUUUUGCUUCAAUUCCUGAAGUCAUGGUAGCGGCUCUAUUGUGUUUUAUGUGGGCAAUGCUUACAGCAUUGGGCUUGUCGAAUCUACGAUAUAGUGAGGCUGGGAGUUCAAGAAACAUUAUAAUUGUUGGUUUGUCUUUAUUUUUCUCCCUGUCGAUACCUUCCUACUUUCAGCAAUUCGGAGUCUCUCCAAAUACCAACUUGUCUGUUCCAAGUUAUCUUCAGCCCUAUGUUGUUGCUGCCCAUGGUCCUUUUCAAACAAAAUAUGGAGGGCUAAAUUAUGUAUUGAACACAGUGCUAUCGCUUCAUAUGGUGGUUGCGUUCCUUAUAGCUGUUAUAUUAGACAAUACCGUACCUGGCAGCAGACAAGAACGCGGUGUUUAUGUUUGGUCUAAUCAGGAGACUGUAAGAAGAGAGACUGCAGUUGUUAAAGACUACGCUUUGCCAUUUAAAAUAGGGCGAGUUUUCAGAUGGGUAAAAUGGGUUGGCAUUUGAUUGAUGAUAGCGGGAUCUUCACAAAGUUACAUUUUGCUGCUAUUUCGAUAUAUAAACCCGAAAUUUCAUAGGAAAACAAAUCUCCAUAUGGGUUUAUUAUCGUUUUUUGUGGCCAUCACAAUGAUCCUAACCAAAAGUACCCGGUGAUUUCCUAAACUGUUCUUUUGAGUGGCAAGGUUAUUUUGUGUACAUUGGUUUGUGUUUGUUGUAAGUUAAAUGUAAGUAAUUUUGAGUUACAGAGGAUCUCCUGCAAGCUCUGAUUUUUUUUUUUUUGGAAUUUUUUUAUUAUGUAUAAUGUUGGGUUAUCUUGAUACAGUUUUAAGGUUAGAAAUGAUGUGUUAGUGAGUAUUUUUUAUGGAAUAUAUUGAAAUUUGGACCUAUUAUAUA